AUGAAAUUGUCAUGGAAAGUAGUAGCCUUCAUGUUGUUUCUGUUUCAUUCAACAAAUCAUAUUUGUUUAGCCCAACAAGAAGGUAAUGAUGAGGCUGAUGAUGAGGCAGAAAAGCAACCUACGCUUCCCAAAGGGCAAGAACAUUGUAAAGGGAUAUUUAUUUGGUACAAUUUCAUCUCUAGAACAAAAGAGUUUCCCCGUUUGAAGAAUACAACAGCCCAAUCAUGGGCAUUCAAGUCCAGAGUGACCAUAUUGAACAUGGGAACCAGUGAGUUGCAGGCUUGGAAGAUUUUCAUUGGGUUUCAAUACAAGGAGAUAUUAGUUUCAGCAAAAGGAGCAGUUUUAAUGAGUGGUGUGGAUUUCCCAGCUCCUGUUGGCAAUGGAACAUACCUCUCCGGAUAUCCUCAAACCGAUCUCGAAACUUCCAUCGACACCGCUAAUGAGUUUGACAGAAUUCAGGUGAAAGUUGAACUCAGAGGCACACAGUUCGGACUGAAGCCACCUGGGAAUCCAAUGCCUAAAACAAUAAAACUUGCAAAUGAUGGAUACAAAUGCCCUUCACCGACUCGUCGUAAAGCCUCAAUGUACGUAUGUUGUGUGAAGGACCCAAAGUUAAAAGCUAAUAAAACUACAAAAACAAAGUUCUUGCCACGACAAAAAGGAGACCUUUUGAUUUCGUAUGAUGUUAGUCAAGCCUACAAAAACAACUACCUUGCUCAGGUAACAAUUGAGAACUGUCACCCUUUGGGACGUCUGGACCAUUGGAACUUGACUUGGGAAUGGAUGAGAGGGGAAUUUAUAAACUCACUCAAAGGUGCUUAUGUUCGAAAAGUUGAUAUUUCAGGCUGUUUAAAUGGUAAAGUUGGGGAAUACUACGGAGAUAUGGAUUUUUCUAAAGUAUUGAACUGCGAGAAAAAACCCAUCAUUUUUGACUUACCGGCGGAGAAAGCCGAUGACGCCCAGAUGGGGAAAAUACCAUUUUGUUGCAGAAAUGGCACCCUUUUGCCAGAAACCAUGGAUUCAACCAAAUCAAAGUCAGCUUUCAUAAUAGAAGUCUUCAAAAUUCCACCUGAUUUGAACAGAACAACCAUAUACCCUCCCCAAAAGUGGAAAAUUGUGGGGGAUCUUAAUCCAGAUUAUAGAUGUGGGGCACCUAUCAGAGUGGAACCUGCUCAGUCCCCCGAUCCCACUGGAGUUGAGGCAGUAAAAUAUGCAAUCGCUAGCUGGCAAAUUGUUUGCAACAUCUCACGGCCAACCAAAGGCAAUUCUAGAUGUUGUGUUACGUUCUCUGCUUACUACAAUAAGUCAGCUAUUCCUUGCGACACUUGUGCCUGUGGGUGUGAAGAUACAGCGAAAUGCAAUCCGAACAAACCGGCAAUGCUUCUUCCUCCCGAGGCCCUUCUCGUUCCAUUCGAAAAUAGAUCCGUGAAAGCCAAAGCCUGGGCGCAGAUUCAACAUUUUAAAGUCCCGAAGCGAUUGCCUUGUGGUGACAACUGUGGGGUCAGCAUAAAUUGGCACGUCUCCUCGGACUACAAACAAGGAUGGGCGGCUCGGCUUACCCUUUUCAAUUGGAAAAGUAUCAACUUCGAAAACUGGUUCACUGCGGUUCAGUUCAAGAAAGCUGGUUCUGGGUACGAAAGAAUGUUCUCUUUCAAUGCAACAUUAUUGAAAGAACUCAACAAUACCAUCUUCAUCCAAGGCAUAGAAGGGAUGAAUUAUUUGAUUGGAAAGAAGAACGGUUCAGACCCAGAAAAUGAUCCCGAUGUGGCUGGAAAACAACAAUCUGUUGUUACCUUUAAAAAGAGCGGAAAGACAUGGCCCAAUAUUGCUAAAGGAGAUGGAUUUCCAACAAAGGUCCUUUUCAAUGGUGAAGAAUGUGCACUUCCUUCACGUAUUCCAGUUUCAACUGGAAUCCGAGUCGGUGUUAGUUUAUCGUUACUUUUUCUUUGCAAAUUUGUGAGCUUGUUGUUGGUACAACGUCUCAACUGAGGAUUGAGACUUAAUACUCUUUAAUGGACGGUAGUUUCAUAUGAAACUUGAAACUGGGUCUAGAUCUUGCGAGUUAUACUGUGCCCAUUUUCUUUUUGUUUAGCCCAUGCUCAUUUUCAGUAGGAUAACAGACAGAAGUCCCAAACAACCUGUCUGGCCCAAUUUACUAUGUUCAAAUGGUAAACAUCUUUUUGACGGGAAACAAAGAUAUAGU